CUCAUGCCAAGACCGGUCACAUGUAGCUAGUACGGGAUUAUGCUAUAUGUGGCCUAGCACCUUCGGCAAACUUUCUUCUUCAAACUAGACUCCUCGAUGCGCAGUUUGGUCAUUGUUGAUUCCAAAGGGCUUCGGCGGGCGAUCGCCAGACGCUCUUCUACAGAUUUCGAUAGCCUGCCCAUCUACCACUCGAUCACACAUCCUCCAAGCUUGCGACAAGAUACGUCCGCAGCCCUUGUCUUCUGCAGCACAUUAAAUUCUGUCUCUGUCACCCAGUGACCUCGACGACCCCCUCUAUACCGGUUGCUCUGGUCCAAGACUUAGGUAACCUCUGAAGAGGUCUCUGGUACGUCUCAUCAACCAGUGGUUUUCACUACCAGAUCAAACAUUCAUCAUGUCAUAUCCGACCCCUCCAGGUCUCAAUACCUCUCAACCACCAGCUUCACUCCCUGCGCGACCGCCGCCCUCUGCAGUCAGCCCCGCACCAGCCUUCAAGCCAUCCUCGACCGCCGCCUCCGCUAAACCAGCCUUCACAGCCUUUGCUCCAAGAUCGAUAGCAAACUCAUAUCGCACAAGCAGUCCAGCGCAAUACGCGGCAGCGCCAGUCACUAGCUACAGUCCUGCUGCACAGUAUCCGCAACCCACCUCACUACCUCAAUAUGACGCAUCGUACUCAAGCGCCCCUCAGAUCCGCAACCCUUUCGUGCCGACUCCAGACACAUCUUCCUCGGCGAGCCCAUAUCCAGGCUUUGAUGCAGACUAUGAAACCCAGGUUCAACAAUGGCAAAGCGCAUACGUGAAUAGAGACGUUGGUACCACGUCCACGCCAAAACCAGCAGGAGGAACUUCCGCAAUCCCGACCCAACAAACGAGCACGUCCCACAGAGAAUCUGCAACUCAACAUAAGGAUGAUAUCCCCAAAACGGUCCAUCGCUCUGGCGGCGGUACAAACUGGACUGAUCCCACCCUUUUGGAGUGGGACCCGGCACACUUCCGCAUUUUCGUCGGCAACCUCGCAGGCGAAGUGACGGAUGACUCCCUCCUGAAAGCCUUCGCUCAAUACCCCUCGGUCCAAAAAGCUCGUGUGAUCCGAGACAAACGCACCACAAAAUCGAAGGGGUACGGAUUUGUAAGUUUCGCCGAUGGGGACGAUUACUUCCGCGCUGCAAGAGAUAUGAACGGAAAGUAUGUUGGCAGUCAUCCGAUUGUGGUGAAGAAAGCUGUGACAGACGUGCGACCCACAAACUCGAAGCAAUCAGGACACAAGGGCAAGGGUGGCGCGGGUGGCCAUGGAAAGGUAGAGCACGGCGGUGUGCAUAAGAAACAACCCAAGACCAAGGGUGGACUAAGGGUUCUUGGUUGAAGACGGCACGCUGUCAUUGUCAUGACUGGAAUGAAGGGUUCGAAACUUUCAUCGAGCAGGAUGGUAACAGUGGUCCAACCGCCCAACUGAAAGGAGCCAUGACCCUUCUGCUUCUCAGUUUUGUCUGGACCCAGAAUCGACAUGAAAAGCAUAAUCAUAUGGUUGAAGCAUUUUCAGGGCAGGACAUCAGAGAGAAGGGACCACGGCUAUCCCUGGGGCCCAGUGACAGACGCAUAUGUUAACCCAGAACGGCGAUCCCACUGUAACGCGUCCUAGUUUCCGAGUCCAAAUACUUGGUCACGAAUUCAUCAUAUUUGGAGGACCUGUGGCGGCAAGGUUGCACACUAUUUCUAUGCGACGCUAAAGUCGCUCAAGCAAGGGUAUGAUGGAAAAUACCGUCUGACCCGGCCUCGAGGGACGCGACAUUAUCAAGCAUGCGAGAGUGGGAGGCAAUCACUCCUUGUUCCAACCUCACACUUUCAGCCUAGAUGAACGCCCCGACAUGGGUUGUCGAGGGAUAAUGCUUCUUGAGCUCUUGACGCCGUUGUCGGGAUAUAUGAUGGUCAGGUAGCUAUCCAGGUUAUGAUGCAAGAAGGCUGCCUCCGACCUUCGCUACCGACCUGGAACGCAGAUCUCCAGCUGCAUUGCAACCAAUAGCAGGAGCGGAAGGUAUGCUUUCAGCUCGGCCCACCGGUGAUAUGGCUGUAAGGCAAGAGGAAGAGCAUAUGGCAUAGAUACAGGAUGAAAAAGGCCUCUCACACCGGAGCGUUCAUUUCCAGCCACGCAAUCCAGACAUGGACAGAUGCGGUGCAUGGACCUUACAGAAGAAGAACAACAAUAAAGAAUGUGAUAGAUGUCUCGAGGAGAAGCGGUAACAUAUCCCCUCUUGCUGAAUACGGGAAGUUCAUAUCCUCCCGAUGACCCAUACCGGUGGGUGCAGUGUAGUUUAGAGCCACUCAACUCUAGCCUGCCAGGGAGAUGAAUACAUCUUACAGUG